UGAGGGCCGCGGGGCAGGGCGAGGGUCACGGGCAGCCAUGGCGGCGGGCAGCGCUAUCCAGAUCCCUACCCGGCUGCCGCUGCUGCUCACACACGAGAGCGUGCUGCUGCCCGGCUCCACCAUGCGCACCAGCGUGGACUCUCCGCGCAACAUGCAGCUGGUGCGCAGCCGGCUGCUGAAGGGCACUUCGCUGCGGAGCACCAUCAUCGGCGUGAUCCCCAACACCAGCGACCCCACCUCCGACUGCGACGACCUGCCCAACCUGCACAGGAUUGGCACUGCUGCCCUGGCAGUUCAGGUGGUUGGUAGCAACUGGCCCAAGCCCCAUUACACAUUGCUGGUGACAGGCCUCUGCAGAUUCCAGGUCCUGCAGCUGCUGAAGGAGAAGCCCUAUCCCAUUGCUGAAGUGCAGCAGUUAGAUCGACUUGAGCAGUUCACUAAUGGCCAUAAAUCUGAGGAGGAGCUUGGAGAGCUGUCAGAACAAUUCUACAAGUAUGCAGUACAGCUGGUUGAGAUGCUGGAUAUGUCAGUGCCUGCAGUCGCAAAGCUCCGGCGUCUCCUGGACAAUCUGCCCAGAGAAGCUCUGCCAGAUAUCCUGACCUCUAUCAUCCGAACAACCAACCAAGAGAAGCUGCAGAUUUUAGAUGCUGUUAGGCUGGAGGAACGGUUCAAGAUGACCAUACCAUUGCUUGUUAGACAGAUUGAAGGCCUGAAGCUACUUCAGAAAACAAGAAAGUCCAAACAGGAUGAUGAUAAAAGGGUUGUAGCUAUUCGUCCUAAUAGAAAAUUCAGUCAUGGGAGCAUUACAGAAGAUGAAGAGGAAGAAGAAGAUCAUGAUGAUGUUGUCAUGCUAGAAAAAAAGAUUAGAACAUCCAGUAUGUCAGAACAAGCUCUUAAAGUUUGUCUUAAAGAAAUAAAAAGAUUAAAAAAGAUGCCUCAGUCAAUGCCAGAAUAUGCUUUGACAAGAAAUUACUUGGAACUGAUGGUAGAAUUGCCAUGGAACAAGAGUACGAAAGAUCGCCUGGAAAUCCGUGCAGCUCGGAUUGUUUUGGAUAAUGACCAUUAUGCCAUGGAGAAGUUGAAGAAGAGAGUUUUGGAGUACUUGGCUGUCCGACAGCUUAAAAACAACCUCAAGGGACCCAUUCUUUGUUUUGUGGGGCCCCCAGGAGUUGGUAAAACCAGUGUUGGAAGAUCAAUUGCAAAGACUUUGGGUCGAGAAUUCCACAGAAUUGCUUUAGGAGGAGUCUGUGAUCAGUCUGAUAUUCGAGGCCACAGGCGCACCUAUGUGGGCAGCAUGCCUGGCAGGAUCAUCAAUGGCCUGAAGACUGUAGGGGUGAACAAUCCUGUUUUCCUCUUGGAUGAGGUGGAUAAACUGGCAAAGAGCUUGCAGGGGGAUCCUGCAGCAGCCUUGCUUGAGGUCUUGGAUCCAGAACAAAAUCACAGUUUCACCGAUCACUACCUAAACGUAGCCUUUGACCUGUCCCAAGUGCUUUUCAUAGCUACAGCCAACACUACAGCUACAAUCCCACCCGCCCUGCUGGACAGAAUGGAGGUUAUCCAGGUGCCAGGAUACACACAAGAAGAAAAAAUUGAAAUUGCACAUAGGCACUUGAUUCCUAAACAGCUUGAACUACAUGGUCUGACUCCACAGCAAAUACAGAUUCCCCAAGUAACCACUUUGGGCAUAAUUACCAGGUACACGAGGGAGGCGGGAGUGCGGGCUCUGGAUCGGAAGCUGGGAGCCAUUUGCAGAGCAGUGGCUGUGAAAGUGGCAGAAGGGCAGCACAAAGAAGCAAAGCCAGAUCGUGCUGAGGUGGGGGAAGGAGAAGAUUGUAAAGAACACAUCACAGAAGAUGCCAAAUCAGAAUCCAUCAAUGACACAGCUGACCUGGCUCUGCCACCUGAAAUGCCGAUUUUAAUUGAUUUCCAUGCUCUGAAAGAUAUCCUGGGCCCCCCCAUGUAUGACAUGGAGGUGUCUGAGCGCCUCAACCAGCCCGGGGUGGCCAUAGGCCUGGCCUGGACGCCCCUGGGAGGGGAGAUCAUGUUUGUGGAAGCCAGCCGGAUGGACGGCGAGGGCCAGCUCACACUGACGGGGCAGCUGGGGGACGUCAUGAAGGAGUCGGCUCACCUGGCCAUCAGCUGGCUGCGCAGCAACGCCAAGAGAUACCAGCUCACCAACGCUUCUGGAAGUUUUGAUCUCCUUGACAACACUGACAUCCAUCUGCACUUCCCAGCUGGAGCUGUCACAAAAGAUGGACCAUCUGCUGGUGUUACCAUAGUAACCUGCCUUGCUUCACUCUUCAGUGGGCGGCUGGUGUGCUCCGAUGUAGCCAUGACAGGAGAAAUUACACUAAGAGGCCUUGUUCUUCCAGUUGGGGGAAUUAAAGACAAAGUGCUGGCAGCACACCGAGCUGGACUGAAGAGAAUUAUCAUUCCUCAAAGAAAUGAGAAAGACCUGGAGGAGAUUGCAGCGCACGUGCGGCAGGACCUGACCUUUGUGCUGGCCGGGUGCCUGGACGAGGUGCUGAACGCAGCCUUCGAUGGCGGCUUUGCAGUCAAGGCCAGGCUCGAGCACUUGAAUAGCAAACUUUAGGCAGUUAUUUCUCUCUGCAGUUCCAUAGUUCUUGAUCUCUUUCAGCUACAUUUAGGUAUCAGGUACAACUAUGAGCCAAACAGGACUGUUUUGCAAAAGGAAGAUGUUGCUGCUGUAGUUACCAACCUGAAACUGCACCUUAUGGGUGUUUGCAUUUCCUGAGGCAUUUAAGCAUGAAGAAGAAUUCCUUAGCUUGUCUGGCACCUAUGUAUGUACAUGGCAGCAGCAUGGUCCCAUCCUUAAAGAGGGAAUGUGCAGCAGGAGAGGCUCAUAGUGGGGUUGUUACAAAAAGCAAACUGAUUUAGUGCAAGUUUACUUAUUUACAAAAUAUCUAUAAUAAUGUGCUAAGGAGCAGCAGUAUCAGGGGAAAAUAAGGUUUUUGAAAUGUAAAAAAAAUACGCCUAAGGCAUCUGAAGCACUAUGGCCUAAUAAAUGAAGUUAGUAAGUUCCUUCAGCACUUAGUUCUAGUUUGUAGCAAGGCAAUGGCAGCCACCCUUUUUCAAAAGCAGGAAGCAGAAAUGUAGGAAUUGUGUAGGAAGGGAGAGAACACAUCAGUUCCCAUCUGCACAGCUGUCCCUGCAGCAGCAGGUGAUGUGUGCUUGAGGCCUUAAUGAAAAAACCCAGUAAUGUUUUGGAGGGACAGUGUGUCCUUCAUUCCUACCCACUACACACCCACUUGGUUCCAGGAUGCCUAUGCUUGGAGGUUCACCUAUGGAAAUUAAAUCAAUUUAAACAAUGCCAAGAAAAUUCUGAAUCAUUAUUCACUGUGAAUAAAGUAAGGUUCAAGAAGCCUAGCAGCCUUCCUGUCCUCUGCUAGCUUUGCUCUUACCUCCCUUUGAACCUCUGACAACUGCACUUCAGUGUGUGAUCUGGGCCUUUGGCAUUGUUUAUUCCAGAGUCAGCCCCACAAGCAAAUCCUGGAUGAUGUUACAUCCUUCUCUUGUUCACUGGUUCUGAAACAAACCCCAAAGUGCUUAUGAAACACAGACUGUACCAGUGACAAGAGCCUGUUCUAGAAGCUGCCUAAAAAUCAAAAGUAAGAAUUUGCUUUGCUUUCAUUUUCAUAGAUAACAAAGCUGAUUUACCUGGAACACAACAGCACUGAUAAUUAUCAAUCCAGUGAAAUCUCAACACCUAUUUUACAAAAGAUUUUACAACUUUGACAAAAGACUUAAUCUAAUAAAAUGAUAAAAAUAAAA